CUCAGGCGCAAAUUUCUUGCGUUGGCAGGGAUUUGGUUGCCAUCACACAUUUCACAAAUUACGUCGAUAUCACAUGCUCUAGUUAUAAUCACAUAACAUUAAUUGUAAAAAAGAUGUGUGAUGUAAAAGACUCAGCAGAGUGCCCAGUUAUUUCUUCAACUGAUGAGUAUUUGGAUAAAGAAAUCCUGUCCCAACCAGAAAGCCAUGAAGAAAAUAAUAAAGAUAAUUUGCCUGAAGUUAAAGAAAAACCUGAUAUAAGUAGUGUUGUGCCUCUGAAAGUUCUUGAGAAGUUAUCUGAUGGUAUUCUAUCACUUUAUGUAAGUGAUCUGAAGAAAUCCUCAUCGAGUCUAAAUGAAUUAACGAGAAACCAGACUAUUGUUAUUGAAACUUUAGAACAAGAAAGUGCAAGGGUUGUUGAAGCACUUCGAACUUAUCAAUUAGAUGAUAUGUUUUCUAGAAUCAAGCACUAUCAUGCUAAAGCUCAAAUUUUGAAAAAGGAGAUGUUGUCUAUAUAUGACAGGACUUCAAAACUUAAGAAACGUGCUAUGAAGAUGCAGCAGCAGAAACAAAAAGAAGCUUUACAAAAAGAACUUCAAAGAGAUCGUGAAUUAGAAAGAGAUAAACAGUUAGCCCCAAAAAUUGCUACGAAGCCAACACCAGAAAAUUAAACAUAAAAUUUUGACUAAACUAAAUCAGUGAGCAAAAAAUUUUAGUUGAUUUGUAAAUAUAGUAUAUUAAUUGUUCCAUUGUUAAUGUGUACUGUUGGGAUGUACAAUAGAUUUAUCAAUAUAAGUUAGAAUUGCACUGUUACACAAAGACUUGUCUUCAUUAAAUAUUUACUGUUGUGUAGAUAUGUAUAUUAAUCAUUCCAUGUGAAAUCAAGCAUUCCAUAUGAAAUCAAAUUGAACCUGGCCAUCUCAAAUUUUCUUAAAUAUUUAAGAAUUACAUUCUUUGACUUAAUUUGUUACAUAAAUAAAAAAAUAUUGUUAAUUUUUUGUAUUAGUUAUAAAGCUGUUUACUUCCUACUGGCUAUGCUUAAAAAUGUUGUACUUCAAAUUCUAUUCUUUGUUAAAAUUUGCACAAAAGCUUAUUUGAAAAAAAAGGCUUGCUCUUAACAAUAUGAAUGGAUUUCACUCACCUCUAUUUUUCAAGAAAUUUUAAUAAUAAAGAAGUAAAAAAAAAUUUUUUUCUAAGAAAUUUUGAAAGUGUGUUUACUGUAGAUUUCCAAAUGUAAGCCAAUCCGCGUAUUAGCCGAAAAGUGUGCUCAUUAUUUGAAAAUUAACCCAAAAUUCAAAACUUGGUAUUUCAGAUUCAUAUAAUCAGUCCCAUGAGUAUUUCAGAUGACUAACGUAGAUUUGCGUCAUAUAAUCAGUCCCAUCUGUGAUUACGGUAUUUAUGUUAGCAGUUGUUCAACUGGGCAAAAUGCCAAAAUAAAGUAUCACAAAGGAUUUUUAUAUUUAGGCAUUCCGCUUUCAACUAUUAUUUUAUGCUUUUUGUGUACAUUUCAUGCUAUUAACUGAUUAUGGCUAUUGCUCCGAUUAAAGGAAAAGUAUUUUCGUCAACAAUGUCCUAAAAGACAUUCUCAAUGUUGUAGAUCUAAGACCUUUCCCCUCAGUCUUUCACUUUCAAAAUUUUUUUUAAGUGCUUGGAAAUAUACAAUUAUUAUAGAAUUGUUUUAUUAAUGUUUCAUGAAAAAAAAUCAAAUUUGAGCCAUUUAAGUUCUAGUAAAUAAUGCAAGACAAUCUAUAACAUAUCUAAAAUUGUUUCAUGAAACAAUUUAAAACUAUAUAAAGUAAUAAUGUUUUUAUCUUUUGAUAAUAAAUAUAAUGCAGUCGAACCUUGUUAAGAUGAAGUCGAGGAGUAGAAAAAAUUUCUUUUAGAUUUACAAUAGUUCAUACUGAUCGAUAAAACAACUAAAGUCAUUUAAGUUACUUUCAGAAAACAAAUCACUAAAGCAAUACCAAAGAAUUUAAAUGCUAUUUGUAAGGAAAUAAAUAUAAUUAUUAAAAAAUAAAAAUUAAAAUUGGAAAUAUAUUUAGACCUCUGGAAUAGACUUUAAAAAAAUUACUUAUUCUCAAUUCUUAACUGUUGAAAAAUUACUAGCAGGUAUUGUGCAUUUUGUUUUAAUUUUUGAUUUUUUUUAAUCCCAUUACUAACAACCACACUAAGAGAUUUCUUUUCCACUCAUUUUUUACAACUAGAGCUCCAAUACAACUAGAAUAAACAUUUUCUGUAACCCAGGGUUGGCUAGUUUAAACCAAGUAGUUUUUUAUAAAUAAAUAAAAAACUGGCAUGGUUAUUUUCAAUAGAAAAAAAUCUUUUAUAGUACUUUACUUAACUUUAAGGUAUUUUUAUGAAUACUUUUAGCUUAAAUUUAACUAAAUGAAAAAAAAUUAGUAAAUUUUCUUAUAAAAAUAUUUUUAAUCGUAAAUUAAAUAGCUAAUCUGAAUCUGUGUUGUGAGCUAAUAAGCAUAUAUGAUAUGUAGUUUUGAAUGUUCAUGCUUUUCUGUAAAACUAUAUUUCUAAAAUAAAUUAAUUUGAAGAAAUUUAAAUUUAAGUCAUAAUUCUCCAAAAAAUCUUAAAAUAAUACAGACCAUACCAACUCCAUGUUUUGAUAGUGUUUAUUUUUCGAAUUUUUUCAUAAUAUAUCUAUAAAAAAAUUUUUAUUGUUUGUAUGCAGUAUAUUUUUAUUAAUGAUUCAAUUUUUUUCGUAAUAUAAUGCUUAUAUAAAAGAGCCUAAUUCAAAAAUAUUGCCAAAUAUUCAAAAUUCAUUUAAAAUAUUAUCAAUAUAUAUUAUUUUAUAUAAUAAGCAUUGUUAUGCUUGAAGCUUUAUUUUGUUCAAAUAAAUCUUAAAAAAGUAGUUUAUUCUUUACUUGUUAUUAAACCAUUAGUACUAAAACAUACCAGUUACUUCACUACUUUGUAUGUAUGCAGCCCAUUUGACAUUUUUAUUUUUCUCAUUAUUCUAUUAUUUUCUUAGAAUUUUUAAUUGAAUAUUACUCUAAUUUUUUCACGGAAAAAAGACAUGAUUAUUGUAUUAAGUAAAUUGAUGCAGAUGUUGUUAAGUAAAUACAGCUAACAAAUGACAUUAAAUACUGCUAAAUUAUGACAUUUUCAUGUUUACUGACAAACAAAGGGUUCAUUUACAUGCAUUACUAAAAUAACAUUUUGAUGUUAAAUUUUUAUUUGUUAGAAAUGUUACCCAAUGUAUAAGCAUAUUCAAAAUUUUCUAUUAUUCUUUUUUAUCAUGUUAGCAUGCUUAUGGAAGAAAAGUUUAUAUUUUUUAAUUGUUCAUUGAUAAAAUAAAUUAAUUGAUUAAAUGUAGAGCAAAAAGUAUCAUUUUACCCUUUGUUUUAUAUAAACCCAAAAAGCCUGGUUUAAAUUUUUUUAAAGUUUGGGGGAAACUUCAUGAUCUGUAGCAAAAUUGUUAUGAAACAUUUUUAUCUGAACCAGGUUCAACUGUACAUGAAUUUUAAAAUAAAACUAAAGUAAGAUAAAUAUUUGCUGAAAUAAUGUAUACAUUUGGUAGUCUAUAAGCAUUUAAAUAGACUUUUCUUAUAAUUUCAAUAUCAUAUAUUACCAGUGAAAAACCCCAUUUUCAGAAGGUUAUUUUUCACUUUAAUUUGAUAAGUAAUAUAACUAUUUUUUAUGAUUUUAAAUUAAACUAUUAAGAAAAAUAUAUUUUAUUAAAUACUUAAAUAUCUUUUUAACAUGUCAGAUUGGCAAAUUUUAGCAAAUACUAUUAUAUUGUGUGGUUAAACAAUUCUUAUUGGAUCUCAUUUUAAAAAUUAGUACAUAAAAUUAUUAAUAGUGUUGAUUUGUUUAAAUUAAAAAAAAACAAACAUAUUUUUUGUUAUAUAAUAAUUAUAUUUAAUUAUAGCUUUUUCUAUGUUAGUCAUUAAUCUGUAUAACAUGUUAUUUAUCGCCCUGAAAUUUAGGUCAUUAAAGUAAAUAUUAAAGGCAUACAGAAUAGAAAAUAUUGUUGUAAAAAAGUGUUACGGAUUGUUUUUCAUAACCACAAAUCCCAUCAUAGUCUUUUUAAGAUGUAUGAAUUCAAAUAUAAGGAAGAAAAAAAAGUAAGAUCUUAAUUUUUCUUUCUUUCUAAUUGCAAGCUUUAAAAAUAAAGAUGUUGUAGGAAAAGCUCUUCAAAAUAAGCUUUUAUGCAACUUUUUUUAUUCCAUAGAACAGAAAUUGUAGUACUUAAAAUGGCUACCAGCAAAAGGUAAUGGGACUUUUUUUACAAUUUUUAAAGUAUUAAGUAUUUUAAAGUAAUUUUAAGUAAGUGUUAAUUAAAGCUUUUUAAUCAUAAGUGUAAAAUUAAAUUAAUUCUACAUUCAAGAUGUCAAAGAAGAUGUUCUGUAAAAAUCUGAGUUGAUCAGGUUAAGUAACUUAUUAGUUUGAUAAGAAAUUCUAUAUAUAUGUGCAAUGGAAAAUUCAUGAAGCUUUGUACUAUAUUCAUAGCAAUUCUUAUAAAUUGAUAUGUUGUUUUAAGUUUUUACUAUUCAUGUUAAGUUUUUCUCUUAUUCUUAAUUAUUUACCUAGUUAAUAAUUGAACGAAUCGAAAUUUUAUAAAGAAAUCAUUUGUCAGAAAAAAAAAUUCGAGGAACUUUCAGAAAAAAAAAAUCAUUUGUCUACAGAAUUUUUUUCUUCCUCCUGUGAAAAUAUGUUUUCCUAAUGAAGUGAUUUAGCUGUUUUUUUACACAUUAUUACUUAAAUUUAUUUUAAAUAUAUAAUUUAUAAUAAAAACUUUGAAAAAAAUAUAUAAUUUUAUAUGUCUCUAUGUGUUCUGUCCUGCAGAUGUUUUCUAUAAACAAUACAAUUGAUAUUUUCCAAUAUUCAAAGAUAUACUUCUGUGAUUUAGUUUAUUAAUGUAACUAAAUUACUGUUUAUUAAUGUUCAAGUAACUAAAUUGCUUUUUAAUAAUAUUUAAAUAUUACUAUAAUUUUCACUUUUUGUGUUGCAUGAUUUUAAGCAUACAUUUAUGAAAUUUAUAACACUAAAAUUUGGGUUUUUGCAAAACUAACAAAAUUAUCUUUUCUGUUUGAAGGCUAAAACUAAUCAUUAGAAUGAACCAAAUUUUGUAUACAGACUGAGCAAACAAAUUCCACAAAUAAAUACAGUGCCAAAAGUCACUGAUUACUGACUGUAAAUCAUGUACUGUAUACCAUACAUAUUUCUGUAUGUACAUUUUUUAUUGACAAACCUUUUAUUAAAAUGUAUCAUAAUCCA